UUCAUCAUCAUCGCAACCCAUUUCGCAGGGAUGAGGUUAGCCGGAGCUUCUCAAGAACAGGUCCCUUUCAUAUACUUCAUCCCACACGAUCCUGUCGUCACAACUUGGUACCCUGGAAGCAACGCUGAGACCAUCAAUACGAUCUCCGAAUCUCUCUGUGCGGUCCAUUGCUAUUUGAGGACUUGUGUGGGGUACAGUUACUCAGAACAUUCGUGUCUACUAGAAGGCCUUGGAGCGCAUUCCAGUACAGCUAGAAAUGGAGGACAGUUUUAUCAAAGGGCACGGAAUAACAAGGCUUUCCAGCAACCAGCUUUUGCUUUGAGCAAUUAUGUUAGGUCUCCGCCGGCGAACGCUGUUGAUAACAUCUCAUGCCUUGAAUGGUCCAAGGAGAACCAAACUUGUUGCUUCUCGUCAUACUACGCUCUGUCCUCCUGGCUGGUUGUGGACCUCGGGCUCCCCCGGAAAGUGGUUCUUAUCGACGUCGGUAGCAGCCAGUUAAAUAAAUACGAGGUUCGUGUGGGCAAUGAGAUGAAGUCAAAUGGAAACUUCUCGACCUAUGACCUCUUCUCCAACACCCACCCAAGCCUGACCAGAAGCAGGGCUGUGUUCGUCCAACCAGAGGGGGUGGUGGGCCGUUUCGUCAGCAUCCAGGGACUUACCGAAUUGAACCUGCAUAGGGACACACCAUUCAAACCACCACAUUCCAUUUUAAAGUAA